AUGGAUAUUUUGGAUGCGGUGGCGCCGAUGUUGCGUGUCUCGCAGCUGUGCAACCUGUGGCAGUGGCGCGUGGACCCCUCUGCUCGUCUGCUGCAACGUUCCCGUUGGCUCGAGCUCUACAGUCUGGUAAUUCUCUUCGUCUCCAGUGGCUACCUUUUGUACGGCCUGUUCGAUGAGAGUCGCGAUGAGAGUGACGAGGGCGGCAAUGAGACGAGCAACAUUGGCCACACCGUCGACUACAUACAGCUGGUGGGGAUACGUGUGGCACACAUCACAUCACUACUGGAGGCGCUGUGGCAGCGUCAGACGCAGCAACGUUUCUUUGCCCAGCUGCGGGAAAUUGAUCGUGAUUUUGCCAGCAUGCUGCACAUCGAUGUGGACAACGCCAAGUUGCGUCAGCAAAUGACACGUCGUGGCUUUUGGAUGCUUGCUGGUUAUAUUAUCAGUCAGAGCUUUAUCAUAGUAACGAAAAUGUUUUCACCCGAUCACAAGUUUCCCAUCUACUGGAUCUGCUAUCUGCUGCCCUUGCUUGUGUGCGGGCUGCGUUAUUUUCAGAUCUAUACGGCCGUACUAAUUGUCCACCAGCGUCUGGAGCUGCUGCACAAGCUGUUGGAGUCGCUGCAACUGAAUGAGGCGGAUCCACAGAAACCCUAUGCCUGCAUGUGCAUCAAGGAGGCGCUGCAAAUGCAGGUGGCAGCCGCAGCAUGCAUGCAACGUCUGAUCACCGCCAGAAUUCUGUAUCAACGCCUUUGGCUAUUGGUGGGACUCUUGAAUCGCUGCUAUGGCCUUUCGAUGCUGUUCAAUCUGGGCAAUGAUUUUCUGGCCAUCACCUCGAAUUGUUAUUGGAUUUUCUUGAAUUUUCGCCAAUUCGCUGCCUCACCAUAUGAUUUCAUGCAGAUUCUGGGCAGCACUCUUUGGACAACUCCGCAUCUGGGCAAUGUGCUGGCCUUGGCUCUAAUGUGUGAACGUGCCGCGUACUUUACCACGCGUUUGGCCUUGAGUCUGCAUCACAUUCGUGUCGAUCUGCAGAACGACAGUCACAAUGCACUUAUCACACAGUUUUCGCUGCAACUGCUGCAUCAACGUCUCUGCUUCAGCGCUGCUGGAUUCUUCAAUGUCGACUGCACGCUGCUCUAUACGAUCGUAGGAGCUACCACAACGUAUCUCAUCAUUCUAAUACAGUUUCAUAUGAGCGAGAUUAGCUUCAGCAAUGCCUCUGAUGGCGCAUAA